AUGGCAUUAUCUAUUGAGAGGAGCAGCAGUAGCAGGAUUACCUCUCCUCCUACGCCAGGCAGGAUUGUGAUCGCUUACGAUGCAACGAGAAAACACAACAUGCAAGAGUUUAAGGACAUUAUUGCUGAUGUUCUAACAAGAGAAGAUAUGGUUAAGGAAACAGAAACAGUUACCGUCUUUGGAGUGUUAGACAAAGUACUCCACCCCUUGGGUUUCCGGAUUGAAAUAGGCCAUGGGUCUUUUAUUCGAGCGCAUGAACGUGCAUUCAAGGAAGAAGUAUCAAGAAAAGUUGAUGCCAAUGUGGACAUGCUCAAGCAUAAUGCCGAAGAGUGUGAAGGCAGUGGGAUUGAUAUCAAAGUCAAGAUUGUGGUUGGAGCUCCAAUGAAGAACAUUGUCUUACAAGAAAUUAUGGAAUCUAACACAGCAUGGGCUAUACUCGACAGUUUGCUGAUAAUUUACUAUGACAGGAAGCUAAGUAAGGAGUCGAGGUUUUACCUUAAGCACAUACCUUGCAAAGUUGCAAUUAUCCGUGAUAACUUAUCUUUGGAGGUUCUGAGAUCUUUUCGUAUAGAAAAAAUCACCGGCACUGCAAAGCACAAGGUGUUUUACUCGCUAUCGAAGCCCGUUUUAGUGCCAUCUGCUCAAGAUGACGAGAGUGAUAACCAGUCUCUCAUUUCCCUAUCUCUUAGUACUCUGAUAAGCCCGUGUAUAUCCAGUAGCAACUUCAUAUCAUCGUCCGCAUCGCAAGAUGAAUUUUGCUCAAACCCUCGGCAAGAAUUAUCAGGUAUCUGUGCUGAGGUUGAGAAAUUUCGGCAGAUAGAUUCUGACACACCUGUUCUUGUUCUCGCUGAUGUGAUAAAACUGGGUCUGGAUUCGUCGGGUUGUAGCUAUUCCGAUAUACUGAUUGCAACAGAUAAUUUUUCAUCGGAUAAUUUACUUGGAGAAGGUGGAUAUGGAGUCGUAUAUAAAGGUAAGCUAAAGGAUGGGCAGCUCAUAGCUGUAAAGUUACACAAGGAAGCAAAUACACAAGGAGUUGCAGAAUUGCAUUCUGAAGUAUAUCGGCGCAGCUUUGCGCGUCACACGAACAUCGUGACACUUCUUGGUUAUUGCUGCAAGGAAAACCUGAAGAUCUUGAUUUAUGAAUACGUAUGUAACAAGUCAUUGGAAUGGCAUUUAUUUGAUAAUACCGAAAAAGUUCUUGACUGGAACCAGAGAAAUGCCGUUGCGAUUGGUACUGCAAAAGGGUUGCGGUUUCUACACGAAGAGUGUCGGGGAAGUCCUAUCGUUCAUCAGGAUAUCAGGCUUAGCAAUAUUUUGCUCACAGGCGAAUUUGUUCCUUUGCUGGGAGACUAUGGCCUUGCUAAGUGGAAGACAAAUAAAUCUGAUGAACCGAGAAGAAUUCCAGGCAAUCUUGGAUAUCUAGCACCAGAAUGUGCAGAAAACGGCAUUUAUUCCGUGAAAACAGAUGUAUAUGCAUUUGGAAUUGUUCUGUUAGAGCUGAUAUCUGGACGCAAAACGAGAGAAAAUCACCAACAGUCAAUCAGAUUGUGGGCAUUGCCAUUGAUUCAGACACUUUCGUUUGACGAACUAGUUGAUUCUCGUCUUGAGGGAUCAUACAGCACAUACGAGGUAUACAAUAUUGCUAGAGCAGCAUAUCUGUGUGUUCAAAUUAAACCCGAAAUGCGCCCAUCAAUGGGGGAGGUUUUGUGCCUUCUUGAGGGGUCAAAUGGUCAUCUUCGCCACGUAAAGAGCAGUUUAUACCCCAUCAUACUAACUACAGAAGGCCAGUCUUAGUUGAGAGUAGAGUGAAGAACAAGAACGGCGUAUGUGAAAAAGCGGUACGAGAAAGAAGAAGGGCUUACGAAUCUUAACAUCAGCCAAUGCACCGCCCUAACUCCGCCAGCUGUCCAGGCGCUGUGCGACUCGUUUCCAGCUCUGCACACGUGUCCCGGUAGGCAUUCUUUGGUGAUCAGUGGUUGUCUGAAUUUAACAUCGGUGCACUGUGCAUGUGCUGUUCACUCACACCGCAUUAAUCUUGCUCAUUAAUUUACGGCUGAUAGAAGUAAACCCUUCUUUUCGUCUCUAUGUAAAUACUUUUGUUCGAAUGUGAAAUAAAAAAUAAUAAUCUUGUCG